GAAUCUUCACUGGCGUCGGCUACCAGGUUGGCAGGAGCACUCAGGCAGUACAUGGGCAGUUGGUAACGGUUGCCCAGCUCGUCGUAGCAGUCCAGCAGGGUACCUGAACAGCAAUGGGCACUUGAUGAAAUCAAUAGAAUCAUUUUGUUUUGGGACGGACCAUUUGGGAGCGAGAUGUUUGCCCCGUCGAUGAUCGCCUGGGCCAGGGUAAGAUCGUUAGCCUCGGCGGCACAGGCAGCAGCUUUCAAGGCGUCCCAGAUCUCUUUCCUUCCUUCAAACGCGGGAGCUGUGUCCCAGAACUCGUCCCUUUUACUACGCAGCUCACCCUCCAUGAGAGGCACUUGGCUUUUCCAUCGGGGUUUCUCCUGACGCAGGGGCUGGUUCUUUCCGAUUGACACUGCAAAGACUGCGUUCUAACACUCGUAAUGCUUUCAGCAAACCUACCAGUCUCGGUGGAUUCAAUGCCGGGCCUUCUUGUGCCCAUACAACCACCCAUCGCAAAAUUUCAUGCUAGUUAACAUUGUGAGGAUUGAAAAAGUAUUUCUCAGAGAGACAACACCGCCGUGGUGGUGGCGCUUCCGAUCACAAUUCCAUCAUGGACGAUCUCUCGGCUCUGCACGAGAAAAAAAACUUGGCCGAAAGAGUCCACUACUACACAAAUGCUAUUAGCAAAGACUCGGCUGUGCUCCUAACCAUGAUUGACAAGUUAGGAUACCUUUUGACCAGCCAAGUGCAAGAAAACAGAGAAACGGGCCUGGACUUCAUGAACCAAGUGUUACAAGGCGUGGGAGACUGCAGUGAUGAACAUGCGAUUCUUCUGCUUGAAUUCUACACGAGUCGUCUAAGGGAGGGACAAACUGCUCUGAGAGGCUUGUGCGCACUUCUGAUGCGGCAUCAUUUCUCUAGUGUGGAUGGCGUGGCAAGAGCUGCCGAUUGCCUCGUAGACCAUGCAACCCUCCAACCAGAACGUUUCCUCGUCCUCUCGACUCUAACUCACCUGAUGCAAGAGUAUCCCAGCGGCGGACAUCUCUUUGUGUCCACUUGCAUCCGAGCAGUGGAAGGAGAACGGGAUCCGCGCUGUCUCCUCCAGGCUUUUCGUCUGCUGCAUCUCCUAUGCAGCACUUAUGUCCUAGGGGACGCAGCCGAAGCCCUCUUUGAUGUGUGUGCCUGUUACUUCCCGGUAGACUUCAGCCCGCCCCCAGGUGGGGUUGUCACCCGAGAGGACUUGGCAGAGGCCCUGGAACGUUGUCUCACUGCUUCCCUGGCCUUUGGGAACAUGUGUGUGGCCCUGGCAGCGGAGAAACUUCCCUCCCUGGAUGCCUUGCACCUAUUGGAAGCUGCAGCUAGGGUCUUUGGUGGGGACUGCUUCCGAGACCACUUGCCUUGCAUCUGGAAGGACUUGCGAGACAUGCUGUCAACCAAGAGAGAGGCCGUUCUCACUACCUUGACUGCUAUUGCCCGUAACUGCCCCCGAGAGUUGCUGCACGUCAUGCGGAAGGACCUGGACGAGAAGGAGGUGGCGGAAGCGUUUGCCCGUGCGUCGCACGAGGCGUGCGCUGCUCUGCUAGCCGUGCCCCUACCCUUCGUCACCCUGCAACAGUUGUUGCCUACGUGCGCAUCUUGGGGUCUGUUCUCCCCUCAACUAGACCCCGUUGUAGAGCACCUCUUGGCGGAGGAGCCCGACACCAAAGCUGCAGAAGCCCUGGCGGCAGCUCUCCGCAUUCCGGGACUCUCGGUGGACAAGCAACGUCUGGGAGACAGCCUGAUGGCCUACCCGCACUGGACCCCUCAACACGGUUUCCUGCUUGGUGUCUUGAUGGAAGUGGAUUCUCAAGUCGGACAGCAAAUGUUUCACUUUCUUUGCAAAGAGGUGCUUGCAGAUUACCAUUCAAGUAGGACACCCUCAGCACUUGGAAAGCUUUCAUGUGUUACAGGAUCCUACCUUGUGCAAGCAAUUGACCAGCUUGCCAGCAGACUGCCUGGGGAUUCACCCGAACAUUGCGAGCUUCUCUGCGGAUCCAUGCUCCGCAGCAUAGAGUCUGCCGAGCGUCAUAACCUGCAGGUGCCCUACGACAGUUUGCUGCAACGGUUGGUAACGUUGGCAGCCGAGGAGAGCGUCCCACUCCUCAGAGUUGUAACGCGUCACUCUUGUGCAACAACUGUAAAGGAGGUCCUCUGCCAAGUAUUGGAUGGCGGUCAUCCUCCCACGUGGCUGCUGGAAUGCCUGCUGUCCGAAUGCCCUCAACAAGCGGUGGUGUUGAGGCCCCCGCUGAUGGAUGCAGUCGUGUGCGUCGCUUGUGUGGUGAAUAAAGUAGAAGCUCAAGAGCUGGAGCAGGUUGUGAAGCAGGUAAUCCCGCAAGCUCCCUGGACGCGGGCCAAGGUGGACUUGCUGCUCUGGAUGACCAAGGGGCUGCUCGUGCGGGGCUACUCCAAUCUCCAGGAGUACGUCGCUCUUCUCUGUACGCUAUUGGGGGAUUGUGCCGUGGGACACUUUGUUGCCUCAAACUUUGAGGUACUGCUCCGGCCAUCCGUGCUCACUGCCGAGGGCCACUGCAGAAUCUGUCCCAUGUACGCGCAGCGCCUCUUUUCCCUCACUGCUCCCGUUCUUGUGGAUGCUCUUCACCAGCACGACAACAACAGCGCAGCGACCCAGAGAAAUUUUGUGAUGGCGCUCUGCUGUCAGCUCAAGUACCUACCCAAGAUAGUUACAGACAGCUACAUUGACCAGGUCCUUCCGAGUCUACUGCAUGUCUUGGACAGUGGCACGGACGAUACCCUGGUUGGUCUCCUGCCGUGCCUGAUAGACCACGUGGGAGUAGAGCAAGUGGACCAACUUGUGCACCUGGCUCAGCUGCCUCAUACCAUGGCAGUGCGUCAGAUGGCCUUGGAGUGCCUCAUCAAGGUUGCCAAGCAGGAAGUGCCCCAGAUGGUUCGGCGCACAGUUCUCCGCGGUCUCCUUCCCAGCUUGGCAGACCACAAGCGGCUCGUACGGCAAGCUGCUGCUCGGGCCUCUGCUACUUGGGCAAUGGCUUGAUAUUUGUGCAAAACGUGUUUAUUGAAAUAAAUUUUGGCACGACUAGAAUAUGAAAUGACGCACAAAACAAGAAUUGCAGACCCUCACGGGCUUGACAUAAUGAGGGAGGCACAGUGUGUUUGAACUGCAACGGGAGCAGAAGAUCUGGAAAGGAAAUUUUGUCCGUCGCUCUCAGUGGGUUGGGUCUCGACGGGUUCUCACCUUGCCACACCUCCGACAGUGGUGCCUCCGCCGCAGGAUAGUGAACUGCACGCUGCAUUCCAUGCAGUUUGAGAUGAGCUCAUCUGGCAACCAGGAUGGAGCUGCAAAAUUAAAUCCAUCCUGUCUUUGGAGCACUUAGUAGUGUGGAAUAUGCAUUGUACUAAACAUCUAGAAAUAAACGGAAAUCCCUCUGCCUGGA